AUGAAGUUCUGGCUUUACUCGAGCGCGAGCCUCGCGGCCUGCGCGGGGCUGAUCUGGUACACGUACGUGACGCGGCAGCAGUUCUACCCGUCGGUCAUCUAUCUCGUGACCUCCAAGGUGAGCGUGCUGGUGCUGGGCAACGCCGGCCUCGUGCUCACGACGCUCUUCGGGCGGCUGCUCAAGAGCUUCUUCCUCGGGACGCUGCGGGACGCGGAAGUGGAGCUGCUGCACGAGAAUGUGCGCUACGCCGUGACGGAGACGUGUCUGGCGCUCACGAUCUUCCGCGAGGAGAUCUCGUUCCACGUCAUGGUGCUGUUCACGGCGCUAGUGUUCCUCAAGAUCUUCCACUGGCUGUCGCAGGCCCGGAUCGAGUUUAUCGAGCAAACGGACGUCAUCUCGCGCCUCACUCAUGUGCGACUCGUUGGGCUCAUGGCGAUGCUGGCGGCUGUAGACACGGGAUUCGUGGUGUGGUGCACGCUCAAAGUCGUGGAGAACGGACCCUCGGUUUUUAUCCUCUUCGGAUUUGAGUUCCUGAUCUUGCUGGUGACGAUCGUAGCCACGUUCCUGCGUUAUGUGCUGUACGUGGUGGACUCUCGCAUGGACGGAGCUUGGACCAACAAGUUCACCUAUCUCUUCUACCUGGAACUCGUGUCGGAAGUCACGAAGCUGGUUGUAUACCUGGUUUUCUUCAUGCUCAUCUUCACCUACUACGGCAUGCCGCUGCACAUCGUUCGCGACCUGUGGAUCUCCAUCAAGAACCUGCAGCGACGUAUUGCGUCGUACUUCCGCUACAGAAAAAUCACCGCCCAUCUGAACGAGCGCUUUCCGAACCCGACGGAGGAGGAGCUGCAAGAGACCGACAGGACGUGCAUUAUCUGCCGCGAGGAAAUGACCCCCGAUGCGUGCAAGAAGUUGCCGUGUUCGCACAUUUUCCAUGUUGACUGCCUCAAGAUGUGGGUUCAGCGACAGCAGACCUGCCCUACUUGCCGAUCCACCAUU